UCAGUAGUGUACAUGGCUACUUUGAGAUUUCUCCACAUUUUCUUCUUCUUCCUUGUGGAGCUUGGUGCCACAUCAUCAUCUUCCUAUGAUGUGAAGCUUCUCUUAGAAAAGGUCAAGCCUUCACUGCAGGGUACCAGCGAGAACCUACUCUUGUCUUCGUGGAACUCCUCUGUCCCCGUUUGUCAAUGGAGAGGGGUAAAAUGGGUAUUUUCAAACGGGUCACCUCUCCAUUGCACAGACCUCUCUUCACCACAAUGGACAAACGUCUCUCUCUUCAACGACUCCACACUGCACCUUCUCUCUCUUCAGCUCCCUUCUGCAAAUCUCACCGGUUCACUUCCCAGAGAGAUUGGUGAGUUCUCUCUGCUUCAGAAUCUGUUCCUCAACAUCAAUUCCUUAACCGGGUCUAUCCCUUUAGAGCUCGGUUACGCUUCUUCACUGUCUGAAAUCGAUUUGAGCAGUAAUAACUUAUCUGGUGUUUUGCCUCCAUCGAUUUGGAACCUCUGUGAUAAGAUUUCCUCAAUCAAGAUUCAUGAGAACUCGUUCUCUGGUGACUUCCCUGAGCCAGCUUUGCCAGAUUCCACGUGUAGUAACCUUCAAGUUCUUGUUUUUGGUGGUAAUAAGUUCUCUGGUGGUUUCCCUGACUUUAUAACGAAGUUUAAAGGUCUAAAGGAGCUUGAUUUGUCAAGUAACAUGUUUGAUGGCAAUGUUCCUGCGGGUUUAACUUUAUUGAAACUAGAAAGACUUAACCUUUCUCACAAUAACUUCACUGGGGUGUUGCCAAGUUUUGGUGGGGGAUCAAAGUUUGGUGUAGAAGUCUUUGAAGGGAACAGUCCUAACCUUUGUGGGUUACCUUUAAAGCAAUGUUUAGGUUCCUCUAGGUUGAGAGCAAGUGCUGUUGCUGGUCUUGUGAUAGGUUUAAUGACUGGGAUCGUUGUCACGGCCUCGUUACUAAUUGGGUAUAUGCAGAACAAGAAGAGAAAGAACAGUAUAGAGAGUGAAGAUGAUUUGGAAGGAGGUGAUGAAGAAGAAGAAGAAGUUGGUGAUGGUGAGGGGAAGUUGGUUGUGUUUCAAGGAGGUGAGAAUCUGACUCUAGAGGAAGUUUUGAAUGCGACGGGUCAAGUAAUGGAGAAAACGAGCUAUGGCACUGUCUAUAAGGCUAAACUCAGUGAAGGAGGAACAAUUGCUUUGAGGCUAUUGAGAGAAGGAAGCUGCAAAGAUAGAAGCUCUUGUCUGCCUAUUAUAAAGCAAUUGGGACGUAUUCGACAUGAGAACUUGGUUCCUUUGAGAGCUUUCUAUCAAGGAAAAAGAGGAGAGAAGCUUCUCAUAUAUGACUAUCUUCCCAAUAGAAACCUUCAUGAUUUGUUGCACGAGAGUAAACCAGGAAAACCGGUUCUGAAUUGGGCUAGGAGACACAAGAUUGCGUUGGGAAUAGCGAGGGGGUUAGCUUAUCUUCACACUGGACAAGAAGUUCCUAUAAUCCAUGGAAACGUUAGAUCAGGGAACGUUCUUGUGGAUGAUUUUUUCUUGGCGAGACUCACUGAGUUUGGUCUUGACAAGCUAAUGGUACAAGCCGUAGCUGAUGAUGUCAUGUCGCAGGCGAAAACCGACGGAUACAAAGCAGCAGAACUACACAAGAUGAAGAAAUGCAAUCCAAGAACCGAUGUUUAUGCCUAUGGGAUCAUUCUCUUGGAGAUUUUAAUGGGGAAGAAACCGGGAAAAACCGGAAGGAACAACGAGUUUGUUGAUUUAACUUCGUUGGUCAAAAUUGCGGUUUUGGAGGAGACGACAAUGGAAGUAUUUGAUUUGGAGGUUCUUAAAGGGAUAAGGAGUCCAAUGGAAGAUGGUUUGGUUCAAGCAUUGAAGCUAGCUAUGGGAUGUUGUGCUCCCGUGCCGUCGGUUCGACCCACCAUGGAAGAGGUUGUGAGGCAGUUGGAAGAAAACAGACCGAGGAAUAGAUCGGCUUUGUAUAGCCCUAAUGAAACGAGAAGUGAAGCUGAAACUCCAUUUUGA